GACGGAAGUCGCGAAGCCGAUGGCACAGGAGAAGCCACACUUCCCAGAAAGCUAUCUUCGGCUCAACACCACCACCCAAUCCUAGCGUAUGCCUACGUCUUAUAUUGUGCUGCACAUACUUAUCUCCGGCCAUGCUUCGGUCGGCCGUGACCGACUGUCGUCAAUAUCUGUGCGUGUUCAGGGAGCUGCUCGAGCCCCACAAUCACUGUGGAGUGAUCAAGACUGGAACCAGACGACGGAGGGGCAGGUACUGGACGGCACGUGCGACCUAGUAAUCAUCGAGUAUGGUGCUUUUGAAAAUGUAACAAGAGCGUGCUGUAUGGCGUUUUGCUAAGAAGUGGCACCUACUAUAUAUGCCGCGAUGCAUUGUUUCAGGCAUCAAACUUGUGUGACGUCCGUCUGUUUUAUUUGC